AUGCCAAAAAGGAAAACAUAUUUGAUUGCAUCAUUAUUGGAUGAAUGUGGUACGGAUGAUAUGAAAACAAUUCAUUGUGAUACGGUUAAACCGAUUGAUAUAAUCAACAAAGAAUGCGAAAAAUUACGGAAAUUUAACCGGGAUAAACAGGAAUGCUCAUAUCAGGAAGAACGAGAACAAAGUAUUGCAUUAAGGUCUCAUGGAGUACCGUGGAGAAAAGCUUUACCGAUGCCAAUUAUUCAAAAUCAAAUAGAAAAUUUUCCGGGAAAUGAUUCAUCGCAGUAUUUUUUGCACCGAAUGCCAGUACAAACACAUUUACAGACUUUAUCAUCACCAUACAGUAUAUCAUCUUUAUCACAAUUGAUGACUACUCGCUAUCAACUUAUGCAAAUGCAACAAGCUGCUGCGGUACAUCAAUUAUUAUCAUCACCAUCAACAUCAUCAUCAUCAUCAUUAUCAUUAUUAUCAUCUACAUCAAUGACAGCUAUCAAUCAGCAAAUUUCAUCCAAUCAAAUAAGAAUACAUCACCAUCAACAUCAUCAUCAACAUCAACAACAACAACAUAAUCGUUUUCAAGUAAUGAGUAAUCAAAAUCAAUCAAUGAUUAAAAAAUAUCGAUGUGAUAUUUGUGAUAAAGCAUUUAGCCGAAGUAAUACAUUGGUAACACAUAAGAGAAUUCAUACGGGUGAAAAACCAUUCCAUUGUGAUCAUUGUGGUCGAGCAUUUCGACAACCUGGAAAUUUAACUCGUCAUCGUCUUACUCAUACAACGGUGAAACCUUACAUUUGUUCGAUAUGCGAGAAAGCAUUCAAUCGGGCGUCAAAUCUGCACACACAUAUGCGCACACAUUCUCAAUUAUUUCGUACUAAAAUAACUGCAAUACAAACAUUUGGAUCAUCAAUUUGA